GUGCCUGUGUGUGUGUGUGUACAUAGAAGAGUAGCAUCAACACCAGUUUAGUUAUGAUCAGCCACACCAGUUGGCAGUGGCUCAGUCUCCGCCAGUGGCUUUGGUCAUUGGCUUUUAGUGGCUGUCAGUGGCUUUUAGGACCUGUCAGUGGCUUUUAGGACCUGUCAGUGGCUUUCAGGAUCUGUCAAUGGCUUUCAGGAUCUGUCAGUGGCUUUCAAGACCUGUCAGUGGCUUUUAGGACCUGUCAGUGGUUUUCAGGAUCUGUCAAUGGCUUUCAGGAUCUGUCAGUGGCUUUCAAGACCUGUCAGUGGCUUUUAGGACCUGUCAGUGGUUUUCAGGACCUGUCAGUGGCUUUUAGGACCUGUCAGUGGCUUUCAGGAUCUGUCAAUGGCUUUCAGGAAUUGUCAGUGGCUUUCAAGACCUGUCAGUGGCUUUCAGGAUCUGUCAAUGGCUUUUAGGAUCUGUCAAUGGCUUUCAAGACCUGUCAGUGGUUUUCAAGACCUGUUAGAAAGCUCCAUCAGGUAACUAGCCCUCAUAAACCCAACACUCAGUCGCCAAACAUUAAUCACUUCAGGAGACCCUUAUCAUAAGUCAAUACAACAAGUUUCAAGUCAAUCGGAGGUUGUAAGGAUUAAUGGUAGGCGGUGCCCCUGGUCAUUUAGGGUACAAAGCCCUGCCCACAACUUCAACUAAACCACAACCCCAGCAGGCAACCCUCAACAACCACAAGCAACCAACCCGCAACAACCACAAGCAACCAACCCGCAACAACUUCACCAUGGCUAUUGAGGCGAUUAAUACAGCGAUGAUUGAUACAAGUGGCAAGACGUUGGGUGGUGACGCUGGGUUCUGUGCUUGGGACCCAGACGCCGCCAAGUUACUCAAGAUGGUGGACUCAGAGAACCUGGAGGGUGUACAGGCGCUCCUCGAGGCUGGGGUCCACGUCAACGGUCACGGUGGGCCCUUCCACGAGACGGCCCUCCACCGCGCUGCGCAGGUCCGCUGGGCUACAGGAGUGCGCUUCUUGAUUACCUCCGGCGCCUCUGUCUACGCCAAGAACCAGUAUGGACAAACGCCUCUACAUUACGCUGCCGCUUCCAAAUCCACAGCGUGUAUCAAGUUGCUGCUCGAAUCUGGGCGGCCUGGAGUGUUAGAUCACCGGGAUACUCGAGGACACACGCCCCUGCAUGAUGCCUCGGCCUCAGGAUGCGUCAACGCCAUCACCACACUCCUGAAGGCUGGGGCUCUGGUACGGGCGAAGGAUGGUAACGGGGAGACGCCGCUUCAUAAGGCAGCUAAGGCUCACUCCGUCCCGGCAAUGGUGGCGCUCCUGAACGCUGGGGCUGACAUGGCUGCCUGUGACGUCAACGGGGAGUCAGUCAUCUCAUACACCCUCCAUCACCUCCCUGGCACCAUGGACGCCGUGUUCGAUCACUGCCUCGUCACCAAUUCUAACAACAUCAACACCAAGACGCUAGAAGUGGCCAUGAAUUUCCUACCCCUAACGUGCUGUGACGAUAAGAACCAGGUACAGAAUCUUCAGUCCUUCGUCGGGUUGGGUCAUGCCAAGCUCUUGAGUCAUCCUCUGUGUGAGUCCUUCCUCCUCCUGAAGUGGAUGAACGUAAGGAGACUCUUUUUGAUCGAGGUGGUAUUGUACUUGCUCUUUGCCUUGCUCACAACGACCCUCACUUUCAAUAAAUUCGUGUGGACGUCUAGUAAAGCCAACGCCACCCACAACGCCACCCACAACGCCACAGACGACCCGAUGACCUUAGUUAACGAGAGUGCCGACGCCUGGGGUAAAUGGGCCGUCGAACACGUCAUUAUCCAGGACAGCGAUCUUUACCUCACCUCAAUAACACAACAAAUAAUUGAAGGCAUUGUUAUAACCUACCUGGUGAUAAUCCUUUUACAGCAGUCACUAGCCCUUCUUCAGAACAAACUAGACUGGUUCAAGUCCCUCUCAGCAGUCUUACACGUCAUCAUAACCAUCCUUGUAGCUGCUGUCAUAUUACCAGUGAUGCCUUAUGAGUGGCAGCAUCACUUAGCAUCGUGGUUAAUGCUCGUCAUGUGGACAGAAUGUAUGUUACUCAUUGGUCGCUUCCCAAACUGUGGUAUAUACGUUGUCAUGUUUACCCGCGUGGCCAAAGUCUUCCUCAGAAUAUUCCUCAUCUAUUUCUGUCUUCUCCUGGCGUUCUCAGCGGCAUUCUACGUUGCUCUUCACUAUUCCAAGGAGCAGAAAGAAGAUUGUGACACUGAGGAUUUAGUUUUUUCAAGCCCAGUCCUCACCUUCGUCAAGACCAUAACGAUGAUGAUUGGAGAACUGGAUUUCGACGAUGACUUUGUAAGAGGAUUGGGUCAUCUAGUCAUCAGUGGUCACGUCAUCUUCCUCCUCUUCGUCAUCCUCGUCUCCAUCAUCCUCUCAAAUCUUCUCGUCGCUCUGGCUGUUAAUGAUGUGCAGGGACUACGGAACUCUGCUCACCUGGAGAGGCUAAUUAAGCAGACAGAACUGGUGUUUCAUAUGGAAAAGAACUUCUCCACUGCAGCUUACCUGGCCAGUUAUAUCAGAAUACACAAGUUGACCAAUGUUUUGAUGAAGUUAGCCAAUAUUUGUAACUAUGAUUGUUGCAAUACUCGGGUCUAUAUUCUUCCUAAUAAUCCCAAGAAGUUAAACAAACUAUUUGUGAUUGCCAAUAAGAAAUACAAGGAGACUGACCUGCCUUCCCAUCUGCUGGCGAACGUUCACCAGUGCCUCCGAACGCGAGAGACAGAAGCGAACGACAGCAAGAGCAGUACAAGAGUCAAACGAGGAAGUAGGAUCCGCCGAGGGGAAUACCACCGCAAUAAUGAGGAAGAUUUCAAAGCUAAUCUGAAGGAGGUUGAAGCUAACAUGAUCGAAAUGGUCAGUGAAAAGAUGGAAGACAUGGCUGACUCACACACCAGAUUAAACAAACGCUUGAUGGAGUUAGAAUCGAAGCUUGAUAGAGUGACAAGCUUACUCCUUCAGCAGGUAUCGAGUACAGCUAUCAUUACUACUCCUACUGCGACUACUACUGCGUCGUCUUCUCCCUUCACCACUACUACGCCUACGACGCCUUCAACUGAUGCGAGUGUUGGAGGAGGUGAUGGUGAUGGUGGUGAUGAUACCUGAGAAUAUCCCUCUCCCUCUCCCUCCACCCCUCCUCUUCUCCCCCAAGGGUUGUAGUGUUGUUUACGGUGCUGGGCCUGGCAUUAUCCUCCGAUCAUUUGCAAUACCCGGAUGUGCCCCCAAAAUACGACUACAACUACGCCAUCAUAGACGACCAGACACUGAACGACUACGGCCAUCA